AUGAUGCUCACUCCCUUAGUCCCUCUCCUCUGCGUUAAGGGGACUGAUCCUGUGUUUCAUCAGUCAUGCUCUUAUCUGUUCAGCUGUUUGGUUCUCCAAGAGACACUAUCACUUAUCAUUCAUACGGUCAGUUUGAACAGUAGGCCUGGCUAUACACUAUUAUCAUAUAUCAUUCAUACGGUCAGUUUGAACAGUAGGCCUGGCUAUACACUAUUAUCAUAUCUCAUUCAUACGGUCAGUUUGAACAGUAGGCCUGGCUAUACACUAUCACUUAUCAUUCAUACGGUCAGUUUGAACAGUAGGCCUGGCUAUACACUAUUAUCACUUAUCAUUCAUACGGUCAGUUUGAACAGUAGGCCUGGCUAUACACUAUUAUCACUUAUCAUUCAUACGGUCAGUUUGAACAGUAGGCCUGGCUAUACACUAUUAUCACUUAUCAUUCAUACGGUCAGUUUGAACAGUAGGCCUGGCUAUACACUAUUAUCACUUAUCAUUCAUACGGUCAGUUUGAACAGUAGGCCUGGCUAUACACUAUUAUCACUUAUCAUUCAUACGGUCAGUUUGAACAGUAGGCCUGGCUAUACACUAUUAUCAUAUAUCAUUCAUACGGUCAGUUUGAACAGUAGGCCUGGCUAUACACUAUUAUCAUAUCUCAUUCAUACGGUCAGUUUGAACAGUAGGCCUGGCUAUACACUAUUAUCAUAUAUCAUUCAUACGGUCAGUUUGAACAGUAGGCCUGGCUAUACACUAUUAUCAUAUAUCAUUCAUACGGUCAGUUUGAACAGUAGGCCUGGCUAUACACUAUUAUCAUAUAUCAUUCAUACGGUCAGUUUGAACAGUAGGCCUGGCUAUACACUAUUAUCACUUAUCAUUCAUACGGUCAGUUUGCACAGUAGGCCUGGCUAUACACUAUUAUCAUAUAUCAUUCAUACGGUCAGUUUGAACAGUAGGCCUGGCUAUACACUAUUAUCAUAUAUCAUUCAUACGGUCAGUUUGAACAGUAGGCCUGGCUAUACACUAUUAUCACUUAUCAUUCAUACGGUCAGUUUGCACAUCAUAUUUGUUUUGAACCAAGAAGUCAAAUAGAACACAGUUCCCUUGUUUGUUUACUGAAAGUUCUUCCUUUUUUUGUUGUAUUGUUUAUCAUGGAAUUUCAGUUGUGUGUUGUCAGUGUAGACAUUACGGGCUCUUACUACAGUAUCCACUAAACUGAACCCACUUGACAGGCAUGUGCAGGACAUUUUUAGCCAAACAUGGAUAUAAUCAAAACCAGAAAGGUUGUUAAUAUGUUGGAAACACUGUGCAGCUUAAAUAUAGUUAUCUCUUACGAGGUUAUAGAGUGAUGGUCAUAGAUGACGUCAGGGCCAGUUUUCUACUUUGUUCUCAGCUCCGAUUGGCUGAGACAUAGCGUUGAUGUUAAUCUUCUGGGUUAUGAUUGGCUCAGAGAUAGAGUUGAGAGUUAUGUACAACAGACUAAGGUGAAGAUACCCCUGGACACUCAUCUUGGUUCAGUUUUGCAUUGUCCUCACUAAUGGUUAAGGUUAGGAUUGGGGGAGGGGAUUAUAGCUGAUCCUAGAUCUGUACCUAGGGGAAACGUGAAGGCAUUCAAAUCUUUACCUCCACCUACCGAACAAUGUGGUAAUAUUGCGUUACAGGUUAGGUUACUCUCUUAGUCUUCUCACAAUCCUUCCAUAGUGAUUCUAAUACAAUUUUCUCAUGGCUCAUUCGUUUAAAAUCGUUUUGAAUGUUUAGAGAAGAAAGCAUGUCUCUUAUAGCACAAGCAAACAUAUAAAGCUGUCUUUGUAUUCGUAGUGUCAGCAGAAGAAGUGACCAAGUGCCAUGUAAUGUUCAGUAAAACAUUAAUUGGUCAUUAUUUUCUGAAUCAACCACUAUCUUAAAAGACAACUCUCUUCUGCCUUUGCUUAUCAUGAUGCAUAUAUGCUAACCUCUACCUAUUUAUGUGUGUAUCUGUGUUUGUCAACAUCCAUAUAUUCAGGAAUAUGUGUAUGGGCACAUGUAUUUAUAUUUGAAGCCAUAGAUGCAGUAUAUUUCAAAAGAUGUGUAGAGAUUUUUUUUAUUUUCUUCCUUAAUGGUGUUUUUCAGUGCGACUAUUUGAUUUAAUGUUGUUUUGUUCGACGUGCAAGGAGAUGCUGCCAUUUGUGUUGAGGUAGAGUAAUUUAUGGUAACUGAAGGUUAUGUUUUCACUCCAGGUGGCUGCCAACAGCUGUAUAUAAACACGUAGUGGGACAAGACAACUGGAGGCAAAUCUGAUAGUGCUGGUUUUGGCAAAGUGACGCAGGAUGAAUCCCAAAUUACACCUUAUUCAAAAGUAGUGCACGACAUACUCUAGGGAAUAAGGUGCCAUUUGGGAUCCUUCAUUUUAAACUGUCGUCUUGAUUGACCAAUCUCCGACCGUCUGUCUGGAUGUGAUGAUAACUACAUAGGCCUGAUCAUACAGUGUGAGAAAUGACUGUCUGUCUGGAUGUGAUGAUAACUACAUAACUCUAUAGGCCUGAUCAUACAGUGUGAGAAAUGACCGUCUGUCUGGAUGUGAUGAUAACUACAUAACUCCAUAGGCCUGAUCAUACAGUGUGAGAAAUGGCCGUCUGUCUGGAUGUGAUGAUAACUACAUAACUCCAUAGGCCUGAUCAUACAGUGUGAGAAAUGACCGUCUGUCUGGAUGUGAUGAUAACUACAUAACUCUAUAGGCCUGAUCAUACAGUGUGAGAAAUGACCGUCUGUCUGGAUGUGAUGAUAACUACAUAACUCUAUAGGCCUGAUCAUGCAGUGUGAGAAAUGGUGGAAAAGCUUCUCCAUCCAUGUCACUGCUUUAUCCAGAAGACCAAGGACAUUGGAUUUUCAGUUGAGCGGAUUUGACCUUACUUAUACUACUGACUUGUUAGCUGUUUUUGCACUAUUUUUCCUUCCUAGAAUCACUUUUUUCCGUUUAAGUUUGUUGUUUAUAUUUUUUUCCUUUUUCUUGUUUAUUUCUCUGAAGUACAAAAACAUGUUGGACAUGUUAACUGUGUGAUACGCCAAUAAUAUACUGACUGGCUUCGUUUUCAGAUUUGUUUUCAUUGCCCAUUAAUGAUAUUCUAUUUAUAUAUUUCAGAAGAAAGUAUAUAAUUUUCAUUUAAAUAUAUUGCAAAUAAAUACUUUUAAUGUAUAAUUUAAGAAGAAUAGAAUUGUGCAUUUUAAGAUGUCUCCAAAACAAUGCUUGUACAUAAUGCCCAUUAUACAAACAUGAAAAUAAACAUUUCUGGUGGUAUA